UUGAGUUCAACUCCAUUGCCUGCAUUCUUGCCAAACAUCACUCAAUGGCCAUGGACAUUCCUGUAGGCGAACGCAGCAUAUUGGAAUGGGACGAAGGGGACGUGCACCUUUGGCUUUCAAACCUUGGCUUUCCGCAGUACGAAAACCAGAUCAGAGAACAUAACAUAUCUGGCGAUGUUCUUUGCCUGCUCCAUCCUGACACCCUCAAAGCUGUUGGCGUCUCGACGGUUGGCCAAAGACUCGCCAUCCUCAAAGCAGUAUACCAGACUAAGCUCGCGCAUAACGUUCCUUUCGAAUCGGAUCACUAUGUACCCCCAUCCGAAGCACCUGAACAUCAAGCGAAUGUCUCCAUUGAAAAGUUGUGCGAUGUAGUAAAAGAACAAGACCAACGCCUCCGCCAGUUAGAAGAGGAUAAUAAGCGUCUGAACGAUACUCUUCAGUCGUUCCUGGAGGAGUUCACCGGCAGUCGCGCUUCACAAGGACGUUCAGCACGUGACGAACCAUCGCUUCGCAGGCAGCCCUCUUUCAAGUGGGCACAAUAUGUGAAGCCGGCUAAAUCACCAACGAAACCCGAUAAUGUCGAAUCUCCUCAUCAUUCACCACAGCAGCUGGAAAGUGAUUCACCGUACAACCGCACUCCUCAGCCCCAAUACCAAACUAUUACCACUCCAUCUGAUAGACAGCGCGGUCAAGCAUCAUCAUCGACUGAUUCGCCCAAUUCUGCUCAGCUUACAGCUUCAUCAUCUAAAGCUCAGAGGCAGGAGAGUUCAGACAACCUCAAGAGCUUCAAAGUUAGCCUGGAAGACCCAACCUGGAAAGUUCUUCCUGCCGCGCUGAAGAAGUACAAGAUCAACAACGAUAACUGGGAAAAUUAUGCGAUGUUCAUUUGCUAUGGCUCACCUGGUAACCGGAUAGAACGAUGUCUGAGUUAUGACGAGAAACCACUUAUACUGUUCCAGAAGCUCAAGGAUGCGAAGAAAAACCCAGUUUUCAUGUUAAAACACAUCAAAGAUAUUCGCUCGCCCAUAGCAGUUGCACAGCAGAAACAUGCUCUGAGAAAAGCUUCUGUUUCUUCAGAGCCCCCUUCUGGCGAUACCAACAAGUCUAUUCCUGCGGGCCAGGGCCGAGCCGUAUCUCGUCCUCCUAAAUUGGAGGUGAAUGAUUUAUCUGUAUCUGCCCCCUUAACUGGCACGACCCCCCAAGCGGGGUGGCCGGAAGUUAUGUCGCCUUCUUUGGACAACAGGGAGAGGGCAGAAGAGUUUGGCGGGAAUGGAUCAAAUACAGUCAAUGCGCCGGUAUCGGUUAGCGUCAGUACACCUCCGAGUGGAGACAGUACUUCGGGCCAUACCAGCACAAAAUCGCGCAACAUCUCCAUCGCAAGCACUGCCACAGUGGUUGAAGGUAGCGGAGCCAGUGUAAGAGAGAUGCCGAUACCCAUCUCUGAAGUGUCCUAUGCCGUGGCCAUCUAUCCUUACAUGGCAGAGCAAGAGGACGAAUUUGAUGUAGUCGUAGGUGAUACUUUUGUUAUCCUGUCUCGCGCUCGGGGGUGGUGGGUCGUGCAACGCGACCCGACAGGAUCUGGUAUCGUUGAUACAGAUACCAGUACACAAGGAUGGGUACCAGCGGGCUGUUUGCUCGAAACGAGCGUACCAGUGGCAUCUGCAAUUGCGGAGGCAACAGCAUCGAAAGCUGGUAACAGCUUGGGCUCCCCUCCAUCUUCACCUUUGUCCAAGACGCCAAUAUUACCCCUGAAUAUUAUAUCAACAAGUUUUCCCGGCGUUGCACUCAUGGACUAUAAAAAGAAAGGAGAAGAAGAACUCGACUUGAUCAAGGACGAUGCGUUAAGGGUAUUUAAGCGCUACAAUCACUGGUCUUAUGCUGUCAAAGAAGAGGGUGGAUAUCGUGGUUGGGUUCCAUCGUGGUUCAUUGGCAAGGUACCCACAGUAGGAGGCGCACCUCCAACACCAAGCACUACUUCGGUGCCGACUCUCAUGAAUCCUCCUAUUGUCAACUUGGAAGCCGACUCCAACAAUCAGACCCAGGUCUCACCAAUGUCGUCGGCAUUCCCUGUACAAACCCGUUAGACGACUGCUGUAUGAUUUUCUAAAACAUGUAUCUCUAUGUGAUAUGACCCUUAUUCUUUCUCUAUGGGACGAAUCGGCUUCUAGGUGGUCUUUUUGCUUUCGUUUGUCGCAUUGAUAUAUUGCAUGGACUGUUUGUGCUUUCAUAUUAUCAUUUUUUUCGGCUCCUGCGUAUCUCAUGUUAGGUCCAUACCCUUCACCCACCUUAUUUGUUUCACUCUAUGUAAAAUUUGUUGACUAAGGCGCACGUAUCAAUAUCGAUUAUUUAGGUGUUAACAUUAUAUCUGAGCGUCCAGAAAAAUCAAAUUUAAAAUCAAAUUCAAAGAUUCGUCU